GGAGCGCCCAGCUGAGCACCCCGGCCUCGGCGCGCGCCCACCCAUGGCCCUCGGGCCGCCGUGCCUGGCGCCCCGUCCCGUGCGCUGCAGCUGCCGCCCGCCCGCGGCGCGAUGCCCACCGGCCCGGGUCUGGACCAGGCGCUGAAGAUGCCGCUGGCCCGGAGGUCACGGAUCGGCUCCACCGUGGGACCUGCGCGUUCUUCCUCGGGCUACAAGAAAGCAGAGGAUGAAAUGUCCCGGGCCACGUCUGUUGGCGACCAGCUGGACGCACCAGCCCGUACCAUUUACCUCAACCAAACGCAUCUCAACAAAUUCCGUGACAACCAGAUCAGUACAGCCAAGUAUAGUGUGUUGACAUUUCUACCUCGAUUCUUGUAUGAGCAGAUUAGAAGAGCUGCGAAUGCCUUCUUCCUCUUCAUUGCCUUAUUACAGCAAAUUCCAGAUGUAUCUCCAACGGGAAGAUAUACCACCCUGGUGCCAUUGAUCAUUAUUUUAACAAUUGCUGGCAUCAAAGAGAUAAUAGAAGAUUAUCUAUUUUCCUUUUUGUCACAGAAGAGACAUAAGGCAGACAAUGGAGUUAAUAAAAAGAAAACAAUAGUGUUAAGAAAUGGUAUGUGGCAGACCAUUAUGUGGAAAGAGGUGGCGGUGGGAGACAUUGUGAAGGCCGUCAAUGGGCAGUAUCUUCCUGCAGACAUGAUCCUGCUCUCCUCCAGUGAACCUCAAGCAAUGUGUUAUGUUGAAACAGCUAAUCUAGAUGGAGAGACGAACCUUAAAAUACGCCAGGGCUUGACCCUCACUGCUGACAUGCAAACAAGGGAAGUAUUGAUGAAAUUAUCUGGAACAAUAGAAUGUGAAGGGCCCAACCGUCACCUGUAUGACUUCACUGGAAAUUUAAACUUAGAUGGGAAAAGCCCGGCUUCCCUUGGGCCUGACCAGAUCUUAUUAAGAGGUACACAGCUUAGAAAUACUCAGUGGGUCUUUGGCAUAGUUGUGUAUACUGGACAUGACACCAAACUCAUGCAGAAUUCUACCAAAGCACCUCUCAAGAGAUCAAAUGUUGAGAAAGUGACCAAUGUGCAGAUUCUGGUGUUGUUUGGGAUCCUCCUGGUUAUGGCAUUAGUGAGCUCUGUGGGGGCCUGGUACUGGAAUGGGUCUCAAGGUGAAAACAACUGGUACAUCAAGAAGAUGGAAACAAGCUCUAAUAAUUUUGGAUACAAUUUGUUGACAUUCAUCAUCUUGUACAACAAUCUUAUUCCCAUCAGCCUGCUGGUAACUCUGGAGGUCGUGAAAUAUACUCAAGCCCUUUUUAUAAACUGGGAUACAGAUAUGUAUUAUGUUGUAAAUGACACUCCAGCAAUGGCUAGAACAUCAAAUCUUAAUGAAGAGCUGGGACAGGUAAAAUACCUAUUUUCUGACAAAACUGGCACUCUUACAUGCAAUAUUAUGAAUUUUAAGAAGUGCAGCAUUGCUGGAGUAACCUAUGGCCAUUUUCCAGAAUUGACAAGAGAGCCCUCCUCAGAUGAUUUCAGCCGGAUGCCUCCUCCAUCAAGCGAAUCAUGUGAUUUUGAAGAUCCCAGGCUCUUGAAGAACAUUGAAGAUGAUCAUCCCACAGCUCAUUGCAUUCAGGAGUUCCUCACUCUCCUGGCCGUAUGCCACACAGUUGUUCCUGAGAAGGAAGGAGAUGAUAUCAUCUACCAGGCCUCCUCCCCAGAUGAGGCUGCUUUGGUGAAAGGAGCUAAAAAAUUGGGCUUCAUCUUCACAGGCAGAACUCCGUACUCUGUCAUCAUUGAGGCCUUGGGACAGGAACAAACAUUCGAAAUCCUUAAUGUCUUGGAAUUUUCUAGUGACAGAAAAAGAAUGUCUGUGAUUGUUAGGACUCCUUCAGGACAACUUCGUCUCUACUGUAAAGGGGCUGAUAAUGUCAUUUUUGAUAGACUUUCAAGAGAUUCAAAAUACAUGGAGGAAACAUUAUGCCACCUGGAAUAUUUUGCCACUGAAGGUUUGAGGACUCUCUGUUUAGCUUAUUCUGACCUCUCUGAGAAUGAGUAUGAGGAGUGGCUGAAAGUCUACCAAGAAGCCAGCACAACUCUGAAAGACAGAGCCCAACAUCUAGAAGAGUGCUAUGAGCUCAUUGAGAAGAAUUUACUGCUGCUAGGAGCUACAGCCAUAGAAGAUCGCCUUCAGGCAGGGGUUCCAGAAACCAUAGCAACUCUGUUGAAGGCAGAAAUUAAGAUUUGGGUGUUGACAGGAGACAAACAAGAAACUGCAAUUAAUAUAGGAUAUUCUUGCCGGUUGGUAUCACAAAAUAUGGCCCUUAUCCUAUUGAAGGAAGAAUCUUUAGAUGCAACAAGGGAAGCCAUUACUCAGCACUGCACUGACCUCGGGAAUUUGCUGGGCAAGGAGAAUGAUGUGGCGCUUAUUAUCGAUGGCCACACUCUGAAGUAUGCACUUUCCUUCGAAGUGAGGAGAAGUUUCUUAGACUUAGCACUCUCCUGCAAAGCAGUCAUUUGCUGCAGAGUAUCUCCUCUGCAGAAGUCUGAGAUAGUGGAUGUGGUUAAGAAGAGGGUAAAAGCCAUCACUCUCGCCAUUGGGGAUGGUGCCAAUGACGUUGGGAUGAUCCAGACGGCCCAUGUGGGUGUGGGAAUCAGCGGGAACGAGGGCAUGCAAGCGACCAACAACUCGGAUUAUGCCAUUGCACAGUUUUCCUACUUAGAGAAGCUCCUGCUGGUUCAUGGUGCCUGGAGCUACAAUAGGGUGACCAAGUGCAUCCUGUACUGUUUCUAUAAGAACGUGGUCCUCUACAUUAUUGAGCUUUGGUUCGCCUUUGUUAAUGGAUUUUCUGGGCAGAUUUUAUUUGAACGAUGGUGCAUCGGCUUGUACAAUGUGAUUUUCACCGCCUUACCACCGUUCACACUGGGAAUCUUUGAGAGGUCCUGCACUCAGGAAAGCAUGCUCAGGUUUCCACAGCUCUACAAAAUCACUCAGAAUGCCGAAGGUUUCAACACAAAGGUUUUCUGGGGUCACUGCAUCAACGCCUUGGUCCACUCCCUCAUCCUCUUCUGGUUUCCCGUGAAAGCGCUGGAGCAUGAUGCUGUGCUGUCCAAUGGUCAUGCCACAGACUACUUGUUUGUUGGGAAUAUUGUUUAUACAUAUGUUGUUGUCACUGUCUGCCUGAAAGCUGGUUUGGAGACUACAGCUUGGACUAAAUUCAGUCACCUCGCUGUCUGGGGAAGCAUGCUGAUCUGGCUAAUGUUUUUUGGUGUCUACUCAACCAUCUGGCCUACUAUUCCCAUCGCUCCAGAUAUGAAAGGACAGGCAGCUAUGGUCCUGAGCUCUGCACACUUCUGGUUGGGAUUAUUUCUGGUUCCUACUGCAUGUCUGAUUAAAGAUGUGGCCUGGAGAGCGGCCAAGCAUACCUGCAGGAAAACACUUUUGGAAGAGGUACAAGAGUUGGAAACCAAGUCAAGAGUACUAGGGAAGGCAAUGCUCCGUGAUAGCAAUGGAAAGAGGAUGAAUGAGAGAGACCGUCUGUUGAAGCGGCUCAGCAGGAAGACCCCCCCGACACUCUUCCGCGCUGGCUCUCUCCAACAGUCUGUUCCCCAUGGAUAUGCCUUCUCCCAGGAAGAACAUGGAGCUGUUACACAAGAGGAAAUAGUUCGUGCUUAUGACACUACCAAAAGGGAAUCUAAGAAUAUAUAAGACAGGAAAGCCCCAAUCCACCCGAGGAAGGCGAGGCAGUUUGUUUCGCCCAAGGUUCACACACUGUUGUGGGAAGUGACUGUGGUGGCAGCAGCCACAGCACAGGAAGAUGCUUUUCUGAGGCCUUAGCCCAACAGUUUGUUAGUCCUCUCUUCUCUCACAAACCUGGAGCAUACACAGAAGGGGAAGUUGUUUAUUCCCUUCCAAGCUGUCUGCAGCGCUUGGCCUAAUAUUUGUUUAUGUUGUUAUGAAGCAUACAACUGUGCUCUGUGAGGUGUGAAAUUAAAAUCAUUAUGUUUCAGCGAUAUUUAAACAGCAGCAGCAGUGGUUUUGGGAGAAGAGUAAGAGAAUCUGAUAUUGUCAUGAGAAACCCAUCUUGUGGAAUUGGAUUUGGGAAAUGGGACACACUUUCUGUUUUGUUUACACAGAUCGAGCCCAUCAAGCUGCAUGUAAAAUCCUAUCAGAUAGGCCACUGUUUUGCUUUGAUUCUCUUUGGACAAAGUUGGCACAAUUGCAGUGAAAUCACAGAACUUUUUAGCUGGUGGUCAUUCUGAAGACUUUUCUUAGCACGUUCCCAGUGGCACUUUCCUAGGCAUCCUUGUGCCAGUGCUCCUGCAUCGCUGUGCUCAGUGCAUGGCAGCUGAUGGGCAACAACCCAAAUGGGCCCUGACCCUCUGUUGCAUAUACAGAUAUGAAUGCUAGAGCACCCUCUUCCCACUGCCCUUCUCUGGAAACAAUAAACAGCUAUGCUGCACAUACUGUAAA